AUGGUUACAUUGCCCAGCCUUCGCUUACCGGUGGCUUGGCUAGCCCGUGUUAUUCGCUUAGUUCGUAACAGCAGCCGGGCGAAGGCUGAGUGGGCUGAGCGAUGGGCCCCUAAAGAAGACAUCCCUAAAGAAGACAUCCCGAUACCGCAGGGAGAGGCGAGAGAGCCCACGCCGGGCGAAAAGGAGCGGUGGUUGGAGGCGACUCGGUGGCAUAAGACGUGCUAUAUCGACUAUUACCCCGAGGGCAACCCGAGGCCUAUUGUAUUUUGUAGCGUAGCGUUUUUAAAUAAGGAUAAUAAUAUUAAGAAGAAUAAAAGUACCGAAUUGUAUUGUUAUAAUAAGAGUGAGGCGGAGAAGAAAUUAAACCUCUUUACGAAUAAUAAAAGAAGAUACGGCCGUUACUUUAGGGGCGGCGGUUAUAAUUCGUACGAAGUAUUUGGCUUCGCGGGCCUCUUUAUACUUUUCGGCUACUACUACUAUUACUACUCUUUAUUCCCAACGAUAUACUCUUAUGCUUGUAACGGUCCGUUACACUCGGAGGGAGUAGAUAGCGAGGUAUAUAGAUACGAAGUUAUCCUUGUACGACCUUUCGAAGGCUAUAAGCUCACUCCUAGUACAAAUUAG